AUGGGAGGCUUUUACAUGCAGUACCUUGAGAGUCUUUGCCGACGACGUGGAUGGAGGGAUCCCACAUACGAGUGCUACCGGGACCACAGCGGUUACACCUGUCUGGUUCUGGUCAACGGACGAGAGUAUCAGACGGAUCUCGCUUACGAAUCCGACUCGCUGGCCCAGGAGAACGCCGCCAUGCGUGCCUUCAUGGUCUGCCGCAACUUCUCGGUCAAUGGUGGCAUGCUUGCCCGCAACGGCAUUGUUCAGGGGUUGCCGGCCACUGAGACCGCCCGCCACUCCAAGAAGAGCCGUCACACGUCGUCCAGUCACAGCUCACGAGACAGCCACCGUCGAUCCGGUCACCAUUCGAGCAGCAGCUCCACGGCCUCUUUUGACUAG